ACGUGUGUCUCACUGUAAAGUACUUAUUUUUCAUCCGUUCACGUUUAUUUCUUCUCUUCGAGCAACUAAACAUCUCUCGUUGAUUCAUUUCACUCGUCUCACUCCAUCAGAAAUUGAGAAGUUCAGGACACUCUGUUCAUUGCUUCUUCAAAUUCUGGCCAAGGAUAGCAUCACCUCCCUUCACUGGAUUAUCUUCAUUCAGCAGAAAGAGAGAGAGAGAGAGAGAGAGAGAGAGAGGGAGAGGGAGACAGAAGAAGAAGAGCAUUUGCAUAAAUCAAUGGGCUAGAAAUCAGUGAUUAUGCGUUUUUGCAUCAACGGAAAAAUCCAGCUGUACGCAAACCUGUGGAAUUGACAAUUCAAUUUGCAACAAUUUUCUCUUUAGACAGUGCUAACCAACACAUCUUAUGUUCAGUGCUUAGUGGUGUUGCGGAAAAUUGAUAAAAGAGUGAUAAAAUGAUGUCACAAGGGAGGUAGAGAGACACGGGACGGUUGGAAGAAAAUAAUUGAGAAUGUGACUGUAUUUGCUGGUGAAGUUCUUUUCUGUUGCUCGCGCGAGUUCAACAUCGUGGAAACUCACUAUUCUAUCCCCACGGGAAGCAGAAGGAACUGAGAUUUGUCGUUGUUUCAUUGAGAGAAGACAGAAAAGAGUAGAUGGGAAAAUAUCUGUAAACUCAGAGUGCAACAUUUCUGCGUUUUCUCAUUGCAAAAGUGGUGUAGUUGUGAAGCAAAAAAAAACAAGACAUUUAUUCUUUCCACGCAGAAAAGAGAACUCUUGCACGUCUUUUAUGUUGUAUUGGCUCAGAGGAUUCCUAUUUUUCGAUUCCUACCACAAACUUCCGCCACCCAUUAUGAAGCUGUCCGAGAGCAAAUCUGAGGCGUCGAUUGUGCCGUCACGACGAAACAGCGUAAUGUAUCGCGACACGGCGGCCACUUCGAACGCCCAGACGACUGGAGGUGUGCUUCAUCGAAUUCCGGAGAUGAAUGUGCCCAUGAUGAAGAUCUCAGAUGAGUACGACAUUGAAAAGAGCAUCUCUGAGGGGUGCUUCGCUAAGAUCUUCCUCACCAACCACCGACCCACCAAUACCACCGUGAUCCUCAAAGCCUGCCACGCAGAAUUGAUGACGCUCAAGGACUUCAUCCGGGAAUAUCACUACACCUAUCAACUCAGUCACCAUCCCAACAUUCUCAGUUGCUAUCAGGUAGCUUUCCAGACGGACUCCUACUAUGUCUUCGCCCAGGAGUACGCACCCUUCGGUGAUCUCGCUGCCCAUCUCUGUCCAGGCGGCCUUCCUGAACUCUUUUGCAAAUCCAUCGCCACCCAACUCAGCGCAGCACUGGGCUUCAUGCACAGCAAGCAACUUGUGCAUAGAGAUCUGAAACUGGAAAAUGUGUUGGUGUUUGCACCUGACUUCUCUAGGAUCAAGCUCUGUGACUUUGGUGCCACAACACGCGAUGGUGUUCUUGUAAGCAAAGGCAGACACACGUGGAUCGCUUUCCUGCCGCCCGAAGUUCUGGAAAUAGUGAAGAAUGAGCGAUUUAUCUGUAAGACCUCAUCGGAUUGCUGGCAAUUCGGUAUCCUUCUCUUCUCUUGCCUCACUGGCAAUGUGCCCUGGGAAUCGGCAGACUGGGUGCGAGAUUCCAACUAUGCAUCUUUCGUGAAGUACCAGAAGAAGAAGUCCACGGCAGUGCCGGAAAAUUUUCGUCGAUUCACACCUCGUCUCGUGCGAGCUUUCCGCAAGAUUCUGGAUCCAGAUGCAGAGAAACGUGCCAAAGUCACGGAGAUCAUGAAGUACAUGAAGAACAAGUGGAUCGAUCAGAAAGUCGUGGUCUCGAAAUCGGCGACGAACUUGGGUGGAGGCCUAUCAGAUGCUGAUUCCGUGUGUGUCUACCUCAAUCAGAAGGACAGUCGUCCUUCGCUGGACGAAAACAAGUCACGAAAGCGCAUCAUGAGCAACUACGGCCUCCCAGAACAGGCGCAAGCGGACCAGUCGGCGCUAAGAAACAGAAUCUGGGAGUGGGUAUUAUCCUGCGAACAGACUUACGACUCUGAGAUUGAGGGCUUCUAAGUUGAACUCUCUAGGCCAAAACGCUGCAUUUCAUGCUAUUCAGGACGCGACAGGAAUUCGUAGAACCCCAGACAAGUACUACACAUUUUCUACUAUUUAACUAACUCUAGCAGGAACUCAAUUUCAUCCCUAAUUAACUUAGUCAAGGCUCAGGCUUAGGGUAAGAAUAUAUCAGUUACACUUGUAAGAUAUCAAUUUUAACUUUGCACUCAAAUUUGUACACAAUUUUUCUACUCACCAACAUCCACUUUUAAUUUGAAUU